AUGCCUACCCUAGUGAAGAGUACAGCCUACAAGUCCAUCUUCGACACGAACGAAGGCAACAACCAAGACUCGCCCCGCACGAACGCUUCUUCCUCCUCUACCUCAACACAACCUCCUCAAGACCCUUACGCAUCAACCAGAAAGCCAGACUUGGACCCAGAAGUCUCGAGUGUAUUCACUCAAUCCACCAUGGCGCCGCCCCAAGACACCCAAAACGCCUCUUCUUCCUCAUCCUCAUCUCGCUUCAACUUCCUGCAUCGCAAGAAGUCCUCACAACAAGAGGAAACCCUCCUUGAAUCAACAAGUCCAGAAAAGAAAAAGAAGAGUCGGUUCGAGAAUCCAUUCAAACCCCACGAGCAAACCGAAGAAGACAGAAUAAUCAUGGAGAAAUUGAGACAGAGGUUGCAGAGUAAGGAGGAAGCUAUCAGGCAGGGUGGUGCGCAGCCAGCUGGGUACAGGGGUGUGGGUGGUGGGCAGGAGAUGGGCAUGGCUUGGUCUGGUGUCAUGUAG